AUGACUAAUUUGAAGUUAUUUUAAAUUAAUGCCAAUUAGAAUGCAAUUAUCGUAUGAAAAAUAUUUCACUAUCAUUAGAUUAAAUCAGAUUUACCAAAUAUAACCACUUAGCUAAAAUUUCAUCGAAUUUCAUCAAUUAUUGAAGAAUCAACUAAAAUUUAAGAGUAGGAAGGCAAAAUGAAAGGAGAUUAAAGAUGCUCCUAUAUAUUGGGAGUGUUUAAGACUUAUAAUAAGUCAUUCAUAGUGAUUGUUGAAGAAUGUACAAAAGUUGCGAUAAUCCAGGAUUAAAUUAUUUAUCAUAUUGAUUAAGUAUCCUACAUUUCUAUCGAUGUAAAACACACAUUUAAUUAGAGGACAAUAAUCCUAAUAACAAUAAAGAUAUUUUGGAAAGUAUAAGUAAUUAAAAGAAACUAUUGUAAUCAGCUUUUUACUUUUCACUCAAUGGAGAUAUAACUCUUGCAAGAAAUUUUUAGAAAUAUGAGAAUAGUUUUGUUUGGAAUAAUAAACUACUUAGCUCUUUUAGAGAAAAUAAGAUUUCUUCUAGUUGGCAACUUCCUAUGAUUUAAGGUUAUGUUGAAUAAAUAGAUUCAUACAUUGAUAAACAACCUAUUACAUUAGUUUUGAUUUCUAGAAGAAGCAGAUUUAUGGGAGGAACUCGUUAUUAUUCAAGAGGAAUAAAUGAUGAUGGACAUGUUGCUAAUUUUGUGGAAACAGAGCAAAUAGUUAUAUCAGGUUCAAUAUUAAUAAGUUUUGUUGUCAUAAGAGGAUCAGUACCAAUAUUUUGGAAUUAAGAUGGUGUUAAUAGUAUCAAAUUAACAAGGUCAAAAGAAUUAACUUUAUCUGCAUUUAUAAAACAUUUUAAUCUUUUAAGAAGAUAUGGUAAAAUAUUUUGCAUUAAUUUAAUGUAAAACAGCAGAUAAUUAGAAUAAGUAUUAACAGAUAAUUUCUACUAUUAAUUUUAGAAGGCUUAAUUAGAUCAUGUUUAUUAUUAAUACCUUGAUUUUCAUUCUUUAGUUAAAAAUGGUAAGUCUUCUGGUGUUAAUCCCUAUAUUUAUUAAUAUGAGUAGACUUUGGAUAAAUUCUAAUGUCAUAUUGAAAAAGAUAAAUAAAUUAUAAAUAAAUAGAAUGGAGUAUUUAGAAUUAACUGCUUGGAUUGUUUGGAUAGAACUAAUUUAUUUAUGAGCAAACUAUGUCUUUAUAGUUUUGAUCGAUUUUUAAGAAUUUUAAAUCUUUAAUUAUCUAAUAAUUCUGAUAUUCUUAAUUCUUUUGAUGAAAGUAAUAAAAAAUUAUUACAUGAUCUUAUUAUUAAAUAUAAGAAUAUGUGGGCUAAUAAUGGAGAUAUGUUGAGUAUCAUUUAUUCAGGAUCAGGAAGUACAGUAUCAGAUAUGGCAAGAGAAGGAAAAAGGGGUCUAAUUGGAGUACUCAAAGAUGGAUACAAUAAUAUAGAGAGAUUUUAUAAUCGUCACUUUGAAGAUGAUACUAAACAAAAUACAAUUAAUUAAUUGUUGUAUGGCUCUACAUCUUAAACUCAUUUCGAUGAUUGGAUAGCAUAGUAAGAAUAACACUUUUGCACUAAUAGUCAAAUUUCAAUUUUAUUAAUAACAUGGAAUGUUGGUGGUAAUAAUCCUAUUACAACUGACUUUUCUUAAAAUAUAUUAAAUUUAUAAGAAUAAUCUAAUCCAGAUAUUAUUGUUUUUGGUUUGUAAGAAAUUGUUGAUUUAAAUCCAUAAAAUAUUGUAAUUAUGAGUAAUGAAAAAACAAUUUAAUUAUGGGAUAAAUUGUUUCAAUCAAACUUAUCUAAAAUUGAACCUUAUACUAAAAUUGGAGAAUCUGAUUUAGUUGGUAUAUAUAUAUCAAUUUUUGUGAAGACAUCAUAAAUUUCUAGAAUGACUUAGAUUGAUACAGAUGUUGUUAAAACAGGUUUAGGUGGUACAAUAGGUAAUAAAGGAGGAGUUUCAGUUUAAUUUAAAUUUGAUGAUUCUCUAGUAAUUAUUUUAUUUAUCAAUUAUUUUAGUUAGGAUUUACUUGUUGUCAUCUUACAUCUGGUAACAAAUAAUGUUAAUAAAGAUUAUCUGAUAUUGAUGAGAUUCAUCAAAGAGCUUUUUAAAAUUCUAAAUUCAAAAUAAAUUUAAGCAAUCUCGAUUAUUCAUUUUUAUUUGGUGAUAUGAAUUUUAGAAUUGAAUUACCAUACUAAGAAGUGGUUGAAUAAAUUAAGAAUUAUCUAUAAUUAAUUUCCAAAGAUCCAAAUUGUCCUAAUGCAAAAGCAAAGUUAGCAUAUUUAUUAAAUUAAGAACAACUUGGAAAUAAAAAAAAAAGAAAUCAAUACCUAUAAAAUUAUUGGGAAGGUAGUAUCAAUUUUUUGCCAACUUAUAAAUAUGAUAAAAAUAGUCAAAUUUAUGAUACAUCUAAAAAAUAAAGAACACCUUCAUGGUGCGAUAGAAUUUUAGUUAAUUGUAAAGAGGGAUUAAUUUGUUAAUAACGUUAUUAUAAAAGAAAUGAAUGUUUAGAUAGUGAUCAUCGGCCUGUGUCUAGUUAUUAUGUUGUUGAAAUAAAAAAAAUAGAUAAAGAAAAGUUGAACUUUGUUAAAUCAUAAUACUGUUUGUCAAAAAUGUAGAAUUUUAAUCAUCCUUUACCAAACUUUAAUGUUUCAAAAUAACAUACUCCAAACAUAUAAUUUUAGCGGCAACAACAACCUUAAUAAUCUAAUGAAUAUCAAAAUCUUUUGAAAGAUUCAUUACAUAUUUAAUAAUAGAGUUAAUAAUAAUAGAAAUAAUCUAUCUAAUAAAUGUAACAACCAAUAUAAUAGUUUUAAAAAACUUCAGAAUAUGUAAAAAAUAAGGAUGAAGAUAGAUAAUAAUAGUAUGCUAUAUAAUACAUGAAAUAGCAAUAAUAAAUAUUAAAUUCUACAUAAUAAUAAUCAAAUUAAUAUCCUCAAAAUCCUGAUUUAUUGUGA